AUGACAAACUUAGAAAACAUCUGCGGUAAAUUUAACUCUUCAAUAGAGAAUAUGAAACUUAUAGUAUGUAACGAACUUCAAAGUAUAGAUACAACAAAAGUUUUGAACUCAGAUGCUUUGAAGAGUCUUAUAACAGAUAAAGUUGGAGUUGUUGAAAGAAAAUAUAAAGACCAAAGAGUUUGUGAAAAUGUUGCAAACUUCAUUAUGGUUUCAAACAAUGCUGUUCCGAUGAAGUUAGAAAGUUCUGACAGAAGAUAUGUAGUUGUCAGAACGUCAGAUUCUCAUAUGCAAGAUACAGAAUAUUUUGACGACUUAGCAGAAACUUUGACAUCUGACUUUUACAACCACUUGUUCUCAUAUUUUAUGACAUUAGAUAUUUCAAAGUUCAAUCCAAGACAAAUUCCACAUACCGAAGAGAGACAAACAUUGUUAGAAGCAAACAAGAGUGUAUAUGAACUGUUCAUAGAUGAAACUGACUUUGAGUGUUUAGAUGAAAGGUCAUUGUACGAUUCGUAUAAACAAUAUUGUCAAGAGUAUGGUUAUAUGACAGCGUCUAAACGAACAUUCUUGGCAAAUGUCAAAAGUCUUUUAGAUGUACAGAAUGGUGUAUAUACAAAGAAAAAUUUUUCUGAGUAA